CUUGGCUCCCACCAAUGUCCUUGCUCACAUACACGUACCCCAAAACACCCGUGGUAUGUCCUUUCCUUCCCACACACCACAUGACCCUCCCCAGUCUCUCUCUCUCCCACUCUCUCUAAACCCUCUUCAUAAAUACCCCUCUUACCCUUCACUCACUUCACCACCUACACCUCUCUCUCACUCCACUCUCUUAUCUUUCCUUCACCCCAAAACCAACCCCAACAAAAACAGAAGAAAAAGAAAAGAAAGAGAAAAGAUGGGCAUCAGAAAAUCAAACAAACUGGCUCAAACCGCAGUGCUCAAGCAAAUCCUGAAAAGGUGCUCAAGCUUGGGGAAGAAACAUGGAUAUGAUGAAGAUGGCCUUCCCCUAGAUGUCCCAAAAGGUCAUUUCCCAGUUUAUGUUGGAGAGAACAGAACAAGGUACAUUGUUCCCAUCUCCUUCUUGACACAUCCUCAGUUCCAGUGCCUCCUCCGCCAAGCCGAAGAGGAAUUUGGUUUCGAUCACGACAUGGGCCUCACAAUCCCUUGUGAAGAAGUCGUUUUUCGCUCCCUAACUUCAAUGCUCAGAUGAGAUUUCAAGUUUUUGAAAGUCAAGAGAUUUGUAGGAUUUUCAUGGAGAAAAAGAUGGCCCAAGAUGAAGCACCACAGAGAGCUUCUCUUUUUUUAACAUCUUUUUUUCUUCAUUUAUCUUAUCCAUCAAUCUUGACUUCAAUUUGUUGGGUUUUUUUAAAAUUCUUUUUGGGGUUGGAAAUUUGGGAGUGUUUCUUUCUUUGAAUUGAACCCUUUUGAGAUGUUUGAUUCUUGACUCUAACUUGAAACCCAUGAACAUAAGAUGGGUUUGGUUACAUUUUUGUAUAAAUUAAUGUUUGAGAUCCAUUUUGCUCACAGAGGUGGCUUGUUUCAUGUACCCUGUGACAGAAAUAUUAGUACUGUUUUUUAAGGAAUUAAUGAGAGAUUUAAUUGCUUGUUUGCCUUA